CACAAAACCAAAUUCGAAACAAAGUAACAAGAGCAUAAAACCAAACUCUAUUCAUCUACCGAGACAUAUCCAACAAGACCCUUACGAGACUAACUUUUCCUACCAUGCUAUCAAACAAAACUAUCUUGUUCAUGGCAAUCGCCACUGUUGCUGUCGCUUCGGCUGCCGCCGCACAAGAAGCCCAACUAGACGGCGAUAUGGGGUUUUUCCUUCGUCGUCAAAUCAAAGGCAUCGAAGCUGCAGCCCCUACCGACAGACGUCUUGGUAAUCUUACAAGAAGGCAGAAAAGAAAAGAACGAAGACAACAGAAACGGAUCGCAGAGCAAAAGAGGCAAGAAGAACUUUUGAAUCAAACUCCCAUCCAAAUUCAAAACAACCCUUGUCCCAACGGAUCCUUUUGCCUUCCAGAGUUCUUCCCGAGUGCAUCGCCCACCACUUCUUCCUCUCCAAGCGAAGCUCCCACUGAAUACCCAAGUGAAUCUCCCUCGGUCGCUCCAUCUGACGCACCAAGUAGCUCUCCUUCCGACGCACCAAGUAGUAUCCCUUCUAGUGCUCCCUCUACCUACCCAUCCAUGACUCCUUCUAUGACUCCAUCGGCACAGCCUAGUGAUGCACCUUCUGCCGGUCCAUCUUCCAAGCCUAGUGGUCUCCCGUCUAUGUCCCCAAGCGAUAGUCCCUCUAUUGCCCCAAGUUCGCUUCCCAGCGAGACCCCUUCUCUGGGUCCAACUGACGUUCCAUCGUCUUUGCCAAGCAACCUUCCCAGCUCCGCCCCCAGUAUGUAUCCCACAUUCGCUCCAUCCAUGAGCCCAACUGUGUCGGCAUCAGAUGUUCCAACUGACGUGCCGUCGAUGGUACCUUCAAGCGCUCCGUCCAUCCCGCCAUCGGAAGGUCCUAGCGACAGUCCCUCCGUUGCACCUACGCAAGCUCCCAGUGGAGCUCCUUCGAGUUCGCCCACUGGCGACCCCACCGUUGCCCCCACCGAAUUCAAGCUUAGUAAUCUUGUCCCGUCACUCAGCCCAACCACAACUACAAUGCCCAGCAUCGCCCCCAGCAUUUCUUCGGCACCGACCGACUUUUUGCCCCGGUGCAAGGUCUCCCGCAAGUCGAACCCCAUGACAACCGUUGAUGCGAUAUCGGCCAUCGAGAAGGGCUGGAUCGUAGCAUCCUACUCUCGUAACCUCCGACGCCUCGAGUGCAUCGACUGCAAGGAUAUGAUGUUUGAAGACUGCCGCGACAUCGAGUGUACCGACAGAGAGUCGUGCGCUGGAACCAGCUUCACCGCAACCGGCAAGUUCAAGGACUUCUAUCAGGUCCGCUGCCUAGUAGAAGAGUCCUGUGAGGGCGCCACCUUCAAAGGCAUCGAUCGCAUCACCUGCCUCGGUGAAAAUUCCUGCUCUUCUUCUCUGCAAAAUACAGUCUUUGAGAACAUUCGAACCAUCGACUGCAAGGGAGAAGGAUCCUGUGUGGGUGCAAUCUUUGGAGCCAACAACAAUGAGACCGAAUCAGUCAACUGCUCCGGCAGAGAUUCCUGCCAGUUUGUGGAAUCUCUUUCUGUCUCUAAGAUGGUCUGCAACGGCAAGGAGUCCUGCCGAGGAGGCAAAUUCUACCGAGAAACCGAUGCCCUGGAAUGCAGCGGCAACCUCGCUUGUAUCCGAUCAAUCCUCACAGGCAAAAAGAAACUGCGAUGUGGGACCGCCAAGAGUUGCAAGAGUUUGGAAUGGAAAUAAUAUCGAAAUACUCACGCAACCGAGUUCUUCACAGCUGAUUGCAUACACACCUACAUACAUAUCUUCAACACAAAACACAGCAGACUUCUUCAACACACAUCCGAGUAACUACCAGUGUCCAAGCGAAAAGCUACGACACUGUAUGAAAAACAACCGUGUACCUCCCCGAGGAGGUAGACAUUGCAUGUUCCAACAUUUAUCUCUUAAAACACCUAAUAGAUUUAAAUCAUAGAU